CUUGGGUACGACGAAGGGCAUAUACGUAAAUAUAAAUUUCUUUAUGGCUAAUUCUAACCAAACAUGUGUCCCACUUCUACACACUUCUUGGAAUGAUCCAUGUUUAUCUGUUUGGAUUACUAAUACAAGCAUAUGCAGGCCCACCUAAAAGUUGGCUUCUUUGUAAAUUGGUCUCAUUUUUAGUUCUCUCUCUUUUUUUAAAGAUUUUCUCUUGCUCAUCUCUGCAGUUCUUUCUCUCUCCGAGUUUGGAAAGUGAAGUUGCUUCAGGGGCACAGAGGAACACUGUUGCGACUUAAAGAUGUCUGACAGAAAAAGAAAGACGAAAGAUGUCCAAAUGGAGAAAAAUCUUAGACGUCGUAUUGCCUAUAAAGAAAUGUCGUUGACCAAAAGGCACCACUUCUAGAACGGCGUCGGGUAGAAUAUGCUGCGAGAAGGCAUACUCUCUCAGAAAAUUCUUCUCCUAACUGUUCUACUCAGAAAAGUAUGAUAUCAGGAGAACCUGCUCUGGGACAACCUGCUCUGUUCAUUCAAGAGACACCUUCUUCUUCUCGAAAUGACUUAUCCAACUUCUACAUCGCACUUAAAUGUGAUUCUGCUUUGGACCAACGAACAUACAACUUAUCCAGUGUUUCAGAAGUUGCAGCUAUAUGGACUGAUGAAGAAUUGGACAGUCCUGCUUCUACACCACAUAUUCGUGUUUACACACAUAGCAACACUAACCAACUGGUUCACUAUUACUAUGGUUGUUACGACGUAUUACAGUAUCCUUUGUUGUUUCCCUAUGGUGAAAACGGUUGGCAUUGUGGUAUUCAAAGAGUUAUACAAAAAGCAAACUUCCCUAGAAAUUGUUCUUCUUGCAAACAUCAGAACAUUCCAAGUGUAUCCAACAUGUCUUCAAUUGAUGGAUUUCUUGAUAUUGAAGAACAAAUUUUGCAGAAAGAAAGACAGAAAAAGAACACUGUAUCUUGUCGUGAAUAUUACUGUUACAAACUUCAAAUUAGAGAUGAUGAAGAAAAUGAUACUUUACAUUCUGGGAGAGUAUUCCAACAAUUAAAAGUAGAUCAAUACAUAAAAGUGGAAACACAAAGAUUAGACUUCUUGUUGUUCAAUCAAGAUUUAUUCCGAAUUGAAGUAUUAGCAGGACUUAUUGAUCUUUUAAGACUAGGAGAAAGAGAGGCUUCAAAUAUUGGCAGAAAAACAUUCCUUCCUGCUAGCUUUACUGGGGGUCCUAGAGAUAUGCGACGUUGAUACAUGGAUGCCAUUGCAUUAGUACAACACAUUGAAAAACCCGAUAUCUUUCUGACCAUGACAUGUAAUCCUUCAUGGCCAGAAAUAGAAGAUUUCUUACUACCAACUGAUGAAAUACAAAAUAGACCCGAUUUAAUAAGCCGAGUAUUUAAAGCAAAACUAGAAGAACUAAAAUCUGAUAUAGUUAAAAAAAAGUAUAUUCGGAAAAGUUGUUGCUUUUAUGUACUCUAUUGAAUUUUCUUUUUAGUGCUUUAGGAUAAGCCUAUCAAUUGGGUUGGGUCGGCCCGGGAUCGGCCCACCUAACCCUUCAUAUCGCUGGUUCAUGGAAGAUCAUACAUUACCGAUGUGUUGUUCUACGUUAUAUUAUACGAAGCUAUUAGAGUUACUUGGUUUUAUUAAAAAAAAAAGGAUGCUACUUAGAGUUAAAGCACUAUAUGAAAAACUUAACAUCUCUUUUUGUGUUAAGAUAUUCUGUUUAUGGUCAUUGCAUAUUCUUUGACACACUACUAUGCCCUUGAAAUUUUUUACAUCAAUAGUUAUUACUUA